CUUCCUUUUGAAGUGCCAACAACAAAGGCUUGCAACGGAAGAACCUGUACACUUGACGAAAAAAUCACUGAUAUUAUGUGCUCAUUAACAGAUCAGAAAUGUGGACCAAAUAUGUCCCUUCCUAAAGUGCCAACAUCAAAGGCUUGCAGUGGAAGAAUCUGUGCACUUGACGAAAUAAUCACUGAUAUUCUGUGCUCAUUGGCAGACCAGAAAUGUGGACCAAAUAUGGCCUUUAAGACCAUAGUUGGGCCAUUAUACAUGAAAGUUGGCAUAUCAUCAUAUAAGAUUUGUAUUCAACAGUGCAUUUGCGACAGUAAUGAAUACACGAAAAUGGGUGGACAAUGCAUUAAAAAAAGUAGUGUUGCGAUGCGAAACGAAACUGAGUUUGGUCGUGAAAUAUUGCCUAAACACUGCGCGGGAAGAGUGUGUGCACUUGAUGAAGAAAUUUUCAAUGUUCCGUGUUCACUGACUGGUAAAAUUUGCGGAACCAAUAUGAUAUUUACUAAAAUCGGUAAAUUGCUUAAAAAGAAUGGCACUGAAGUUUGCUUCCAAAAAUGUACUUGUAUGAGUGAAGAAUAUGUCAAAGCCAAUGGUCAGUGCAUCCUUUCUACGAAAGGAAAUGAAACUGCGACACCAACUUCAACCCAACGAUCUGCCACCGAAUCAAAACUUCAACCAACCAUGCGAAAGUUUUCUAAGACUCGCUCUUCUAAGAAUUGCGUUGGACGAACUUGCGAGCGGAUUCGCGACCUAUUUUGCAUGCUAACAGAUCUGAAGUGUGGCGAUAAUAUGGUCUAUAAAACUAUUAAACAAUUGAUUUACAACGAUGGCUCUCCUGAAAUAUGCAUUCAGCAAUGCAAAUGUAUCAGCGAAGAAUAUACGAAAGAAGGUGGACGAUGCAUUAUGCGAUCCACGAAAAAAAAUCCAGCGCAAGUCAUACUUUAA